CAGAUUUCUUUACAUUGAUGAGAUGGGUAAGAAACGAAAAGUAAAAGAUUUGAAGGUGGAAAAAUAUUUAGCGCAUAGGGAAGCCUAUUCAAGAAUGAAUUUUUUAUAUCAGGCUUCUCAGACAGUGCUAUUGGAGAACCCAGAAAAUUUAGAGCUUUCACGAUUUUAUGCGUUCACAAUGAAGGGCAUUGGCCUCAAACUUCUAUCGAAGCUGCCGGGGAGCAACAAUAGAUCCUUCCAUAAAAGAACAAUUUGCAAAUACUGCCAUUCAUUACUUAUACCUGGUUAUACCUCAAGGGUCAGAGUGAGAGCCAAGAGGGAGACGCAUGUUGUGAUGAAAUGUUUGGACUGUGGAACCUUGAAAAGAUAAUGCACGCCCAAUUAUCAGCUGUGGAGUGAGCAAGAUCAGAAAGUUGAUGCUCAAUCCAACAUCAGAACAAAUGAGAAAUAAAUUUAACAAUACAUCAUCAUCA